UGCAGAGUGUACACUCGGACCCAGCUCAAGACCAGCGAAGCAAUUGCAUGCGGUCGCGUUAAAGAAUCAUCAUAUUUGACUGCUGUUCGUCGUCUCUGUCGGCAUGUCGCUUUCCGCGAAGAAGUCAUACGGUGCUCUUUCGCAUCAUAGGUCGGCAUCUCCUGAACGAUCGCGGACUCAACGCCCGUCACGGUCGCCAGCGCGCGAGCAGGAUCAAAAUGUGGAUGACGAAAGGACGCACAAGUCAAUGUUGACCGUCGCGCUUGCAAAAGCGCAGACAGCCGUGACGUACGACACUGCCAACAAUACCAAGAUGGCAAUUGCGGCAUAUGCGCAGGCUUGCGAUCUUCUCUCAACUGUUAUGCAGCGUACCAAGGCCCCGGAGGACCACGAGAAGCUCUCGAGGAUUUAUUCGACAUAUGCUGACAGAAUGCGCCUCCUUAUUGCAGAGGCACCAGCACCAGAGACGAACAAGGACUUGCCUCCCUCGCCGCCUGCAGGCGAAGAAUCGGACGGUGAAUACCAAGAAUACGAUCAUAUCGAUCAAGAUUAUGAAGACGAUUACAACGAUAUCGAGGAGGCGGUCUUAGGAUUUGGUGCACGUAUUCCCUCAAGGCUUGGCCCACCAUCUCCAAUGAGACCGGAAUCCGGGAUUCUGGGGAUGAAUGCUAUGCCGCAGUUUUAUCAACAAAUGAAUGCAUUAAAUCCUUCAUCGAUGCCUCCUCCACCGCAGUUUGAUCCUGCAUCUGUGGUUUCUCCUGGGCAUCGUCCUCCGAUGACUGAGCGUCAGUCCUCCUCGACGUCGACGACAGCCACAACAAGCCGGACAUCCCUCGGGUUUUCAGCUCAACGCGAUUCAGCAUCUACCAUCGCUACAUCUCCGGGCAAUUCACCCAUCCGGACACAUGAGCCAUUUCAUCAACAAACUGGUGAACUGCCUCCAUCAAGUCGGGGCCACCGGCGAAAGAAGUCGAGUCUGUCAGCCAGCGGAGAUUUCGAGAACGUACUCGGAGCAAAUGACGUACAGUGGUUGAACACGAUUGAUGAGGUGUCGAGCCGGACCAGCUCUCCAUCAAGCCGGCGAACAGAUCCUGCAGAUACUCAGCCUUGGCAAGGGCGAAAUUCCCCCAAUGUCCAAUUACGGACCGAGAAAGGCUUGAGUGAACUUUUUGAGGAUACGGAUCCCGAGGAUGACAUGGAUGACACAGAUCGUCUGCUGACCGAGAUUACGCGUACACUUGGUUUGAACGAUUUGGAUGAAGGCCCAGAAGAUGAAUACAACGCAUUGAACGACUCCAAGAGAACGUCCGAUGCUUCCUCUGAAGCUGCACUGUCCCACAGAGAAGGGCAAGUAUUGCGGGUGCCUAGUGUUCGUCAGCGACGGCUACCUCAGAUUCAGAACCUGUCAAUAAGGACGGUGACGGAAUCAGCAAAGGAACCACCCGAACCAUCAAGACCGGCCACUGCCGCAGCUCCACAACCUCCAGUGAUGCCAUCAAUGCCACCGCCUCGUGCACCACUACGAGCGCCUGCGAUGAGCCAGAGGAAUUUUACAGCACCUUUACCGCAACUUGUUGCUCCACCAAUGACAAAGUCAUCUUCGAGCGGCGGGCCGCCUGGUUCAGCUAGAAUGCGACCGACCACACCAAGGAGAGUCAUGACAGACUAUUCCGUGCCAAUGCUGAACGGGUGGCCAGGGCAACGUGCUUAUCCACCCCGAGCGCCAGGAAUGCUUCGGAUGCAAUCUCAGAAUUCAUUACGGAGCAUCGAUGUUACGCUAGCUGGUCGUGCCACCCCGAGAAAUGAGGAUUACUCGCCUACAAGCUCGAUCUUUGCUUCCAGUGAGUAUGCGAUGUCCUCGGCUGCAUCGAGCUUCUCGUUACCCAUGUCCGGCGGGGCUCCGGACCGGAAGAUCGACUUCUUCGACGAUAGUUUGUGGGAUCUUACCCCUGUUAUCGAACCACAACCAGAAAGCACAUUAUUCCGUCCGUUCUGGCUGAUGCGAGUGAUUCUGAAAUCGCUCAGAGAGGGAGCUCAUCUUACGCCAAACCUUUACAUCCCUCAAGACAUCUGGAUGAUGAAGAGUGUCAAGCUCAAGGCUGUGGACGAGAAGAUAAAUGCCUGCGAGAUUCUCGAUAACGGCCUCAGGAGGGUUGGUGGAGUACCCUAUGGCGACAUCGAAUCGCUUCUAGAAGCUCUUCUACAAUUCCGCCUAGUCAUGGAAGGAGUCCAGGCUACUCUUACGAAGAAGCUCGGCGAAGAGUUUGGGGGAGACGGUGGCAGUGAGAGGCCAGGCUUGGGUGCCGGGUGGAAGAUGUCCCAGGCGACGCUGUCUCUGAAGGCGAAGUUCAAGAGCAAGAAGGACAGUGGGGCGUCGAAGCUGAAUGCGCUAAGUGGUGAGAAUGAAGUUAUGUUCGAGGGACCCAAUGCUGCAUACAUGAAUGCACUGGCGAGGAUGUUGGAUCAUGCACAAACGCUUGAGAAAAUGUACGGACACUUCGACGUACACAAUCUCCCCAGCAAAUCACAAGACCGGUUCAACAAGUCUUUCCGACACGCAAGUGAUUUCUUCGGAGGUGUAGUCUGUAAGUUCGUCAUGGCGGACGUCAGUGUUUUACUGGAGAAAUAUCUCAAGACAGGUAGAGAGUGGAUGGAACGCUAGGUUGCACAUGCUUUCGUGAACGGAUUGCUCGAUUGCUGUUCUGUUCUUGUUUUUGGUGCAAGGUCUGCGGGUUCAGACGGAGUCAACAUCAUCAUCUAUUACGGCUUUGGAGUUGUGUUUUUUUUUUUUGCAUACUAUAUUCAUGGCUUCGAUCAACUGGGCUAUAAUAUUUUUAAGGUAGGAGCUGCUUAUAGCUGUUUACGACGUGAUAUGAAUGGAGU